UCCAGGUCAAGUCCAAGUUAGUAAACCACGGCACAUUUCUCUCUGCGAGGAUGCUGAGGCGGCAAAGCCGUCACGUCGAGGGCGGAUCGAGGCGCCGACAAAACAAGAGGUGUUUCCACGGCAACCGGGGGCCGAAGAGCGAGAGAGAGAGCGAGGGAGGGUCAAUCUAGAGGAGUGCAGGGGCCGGAGCUUUCAGCCAGGGCUGUCCGAGAAGACUUGUUGGAUAUCUUAAUAGGACGAGAGAGUUUCCUGAAUUCUGUCAGCACAUCUAUGUGGGUUGUGGAGAAGAUCCGCGUGUCAAUGGAGAACUCCAUUCUGCCAGUCUCAUCAACCGAAUUCAGCUUCAAGAUCGGAGACAUUAUGUUCGGGGACAAAUCGGACAAACCCAAAAGGAUUUCCCUCUUCCCGAAUGUCAUCACCCCUGACAACAUCCCAGAGUUCUGCAUCCCUCCGACCAUCCCGUCCUUGCAGGAGAUAAAGAACACGGACCGAGCUUCCCGUCUGGUGAAACUGAUCGCCUACGAGAAGCCCGAUGUGGAGGUGACACGGCACGAGCCUAGGAAUUCGCACAUCAUACAGGUGGAGAGCGUUGAUGAGGGCUGCAGUGACGAGGAGACCACCAACGCGGACCCCCACAGCCAGGCCGCCUUGUCCCUCCCUCAUAUGGCCAAAGCUCAGACCUGCUACGGGUUUUGCACCUUACUAGAGAGCCCACACACCCGGAGAAAGGAGUCCCUCUUCCAUGCCGACCCAGGCUCCUCUCCCCUGCUGCUUCCUAGGAGUCGAUCCGCGACGUGCUCCAGAGCCAACCCACCCCCACCGUCUUCCCCUUCGUCCUUUAGCCUCAACACUCUGUCCUCCAGGCUUACCUCGAGAGGACACAGCCCCAACUGGCUCGGCACUAUGGACAGUGACACCACAUCCUCCACAGAGUCGUCCCCGUUCAGCUCGCCCCUGCUGACCAGGUGCCCCGCCAAGUCGUCCCUUUUUAAGGCACUGAGCCACGAACUGCUGCUGUCAAGGAACAUGAGGAAGGCCAUGAUGUCCAGGAACAAUUCUCUGUCCACAGAUGAGGGCAGCUCCACAGACAACAGCCCCAACGUGAUGAGGAGGGCGUCCGAGGGCUUAGUCGAGGGCCUCCCCAGCUGCUACAGACUGGCACCACCGACCAUCUUUCCCAUGGACUUGACCCUGCACAGGGAGAGGGUAAUGAAGGAAAGAAUGGUGCCCGUGGGGAAAGACGGCAGCCUGAGACUCUCAUCCGAGUACUGCCCGGACAACCAAAGACUGCGUGUCCGCCUGAUCAGUGCAGAGGGCCUGUACCCUCUCUCCGUAGACCCCAAGAUCAUUAACUGCAGCGUCAGCCUCUCGCUGGUGCCGGGGAAAGUCCAGAAGCAACGCAGCACGGUCAUCCGAAAGAGCCGCAAUCCCAUCUUCAACGAAGAUUUCUUUUUCGACGCUAUCUCGGAGGAAGACCUCAAUGUGCGCUCUCUUCGUUUUAAGGUGGUCAACAAAAUGUCCACCCUGAAACGAGAUUAUCUGCUGGGUAGUUGUGAUCUGCCUCUUUGCACUAUUGUGACAUUGUAAGCCAUUAGUACUUCCAUGCCUUAUUAUUACCGUAUUAUUUAUUUCAAUUCUUUUGUAAUGUGAUAUAACAUUUUAUAAUGAAUAAAUUAUGAGA